CCAGCUUCUGACUGGAGCGGCGGCUGCCGGGGCCUGGCCUGAGAGAGGAAGAGCUGCGGCGAAGAACAGAAGCGGUCCCGAAGCGGGAGCCGGAGCAGAAGUCGGAGCCGGGGACGCUGUGGGGGUGGGAGCGGCGGCGGCCGGGCCGGGCCGGCGGGAUGGGCUGCACCGUGAGCGCCGAGGAUAAGGCGGCGGCCGAGAGGUCCAAGAUGAUCGACAAGAACCUGCGGGAGGACGGGGAGAAAGCGGCGCGGGAGGUGAAGCUGCUGCUCCUCGGUGCUGGUGAGUCCGGGAAGAGCACUAUUGUAAAGCAGAUGAAGAUCAUCCAUGAAGAUGGCUACACAGAAGAAGAGUGCAGACAGUACAGGGCAGUGGUCUACAGCAAUACCAUCCAAUCGAUCAUGGCCAUCAUCAAGGCCAUGGGCAAUCUACAGAUUGACUUUGGGGACCCUUCAAGAGCGGAUGAUGCCCGUCAAUUGUUUGCACUCUCCUGCACUGCGGAGGAGCAGGGCAUCCUGCCUGAUGACCUGGCUGGUGUGAUCCUGAGACUGUGGGCAGACAACGGCGUGCAGGCCUGCUUCAGCCGUUCCCGCGAGUACCAGCUCAAUGACUCUGCUGCGUACUAUCUGAAUGAUCUGGAGAGGAUAUCCAGAGCAGACUACAUUCCAACACAGCAGGAUGUUCUGAGGACCAGAGUGAAGACCACGGGCAUUGUAGAGACCCACUUCACCUUCAAGGACUUGCAUUUCAAGAUGUUUGAUGUGGGUGGCCAGAGGUCUGAGCGGAAGAAGUGGAUCCACUGCUUCGAGGGGGUGACUGCCAUCAUCUUCUGUGUGGCCCUCAGUGCCUACGAUCUGGUGCUGGCUGAAGAUGAGGAGAUGAAUCGAAUGCACGAGAGCAUGAAGCUGUUUGACAGCAUUUGCAACAACAAGUGGUUCACGGAUACAUCCAUCAUCCUCUUCCUCAACAAGAAGGACCUGUUUGAAGUGAAGAUUCUCCACAGCCCCCUCAACAUCUGCUUCCCAGAGUACACAGGGGCCAGCAAGUAUGAUGAAGCAGCCAGCUACAUUCAGAGCAAGUUUGAGGACCUGAACAAGCGGAAGGACACCAAGGAGAUCUAUACCCACUUCACCUGCGCCACUGACACCAAGAACGUGCAGUUCGUGUUUGAUGCCGUGACCGAUGUCAUCAUCAAAAACAACCUGAAGGACUGCGGGCUCUUCUGAAAGGCAGUGUGGGAAGGAUUACUUGAAUUGUUCUAAGGAGGAAGAUGCAGGAAGGAAGGACUGCGCCAUUUUAACAAUAUCAGCUUCUCGUUUUGUUCUCGUUUCCUUUUUGUCUUUUUUUUUUUUUCUAACGGAGAGACUUUGGUAAAGAAUGCAAGGCUUUCCAGGUUGCUACCCCACCCCACCGCUGCCGGCUGAGUGUGAUGUUUGUGUUUGAACCCCGUCUCUUCCCUCCCUUCCCCCCCAUCUCCCGCCCCCCCCCCCCCGACUACAACACCCACAGCCUUCUCAUUCUUAACUCAAGGGCAGAAGCUCAAAUCGGGGGUAAUUGUUUGGGUUUUAUUUUAUUCUAUGUCUUGAGGGGCGGGACACACAUAUACAUGUUAGUGGUUUUGAAAUGCAAAUGUUUUAUGGUGGAAAUGUAAUAUUGCUCUCACAGUGGUGUCUGCUUUGCAAGAAAGAAAAGAAAAAAAUUGUUUCCAAAUGUUUACAUUUAACCUCUUGCUCUCAGGGCCAGAGAUGCAGGGUGGGGUGGGUCCAAGGGAUGUCACCUCAACACCCCUUUCUGCCCAGAGCAGUAAAAAUGGAAAAAAACACACAAACAUUCCUUUGAAGAAAUUUCAAAUCAAAAAAAGCUUCUUUACCUUGCUUUUAAAAUAAAAAAACCUAAAAAAACUAUUUAAAAAUGUCAAGUACUAAAUGGUUAUGUUGUCCUGAAAAAGAGAUGAUCUACAGUCAAUUCUGUGCCUUGAGCAUGUCUGUAUGUUUACACCUGUUUCAUAGUUUGCUUCAAUCGUGUUGUUUCCAAUGGAGUGGUAUCUCUCCCCCCCACCCCCCAAACCUGGAUCCCAUUCCCAUUCCCAGUGCAGUGAUGGUGCGUGCAGCUUCCUAACACCCCCACCCCCCCGGCCUUCUCUUCCCAACAGGGGCCCCACCCUGGCCUUGCACAGCUGCAGAGUUCACUUCCCAAGGGCUGUUUGAUAUCAGCUGAGAAACAGUCGGUGUCAACGGGAGCUCCUUUCUCCGUUUCAAAACCCUCCCCUAUAACUCCUGCCCAUCUGGUCCUUUGCCCUUCUCCCCCCCCCCCCCCACCUCCUUCUUCCUCUUCUCCUUCACUUCCCAUUCCUUCCUCCUUGCCUUUCCCUUCUCCCUUCCCUCCAGUUUCCUUUCUUCCCUUCUGGUUUCCGUUCCCUCCCUACCCCAUCCCAGAGUCUGAGCUUACCCUGAGGUUGCUCCAAGUGCUGUGAGACAUGUUAACCAUAGUUCCUUAGCUCUAACUGUAGGAAAUACUGCUGUAUGGAAGUAACCCGCUCUGAAACCCACCCUGCGCUGGACAUGGGGCCCUGUAGUUGAGAAUGUUGGACGCAGCCUUUCGCUUUUAUCACACGUUUUAUCAAAUUGUUCACAUGAUUUGAAAUAAUAAAAUGUAGAGAGAAAACAUC